AUGAAAAGAUUUAUCAUCAAGUUGGGAAAAGAAGGAAAUGCAUCAACCAAAUCCGAAGGAAUUUAUCUAUCACACAUUUCCGAUUUACACACCUGGCAACCUGAAAAGUUUGAAUAUCCUAUCACAAUAGCAAAUCUAAUGAAAAACAACAAAUUAAAAGAUUUAAAACAAAUUCAAGGAUUUUUAAAUGUAAAAUACAAUAGAGGGCCAAAUUUGUAUCAAGUACAGGUGUUACAAGAAACAUUGCAAAAGAUUUCAACAUCAAUCGUCACUCAACAAAAUCAUCACUUGCUUGUCAGUGGGGACAUUACAAACAUUUCUCAUUUGGAGGAAUUCAAACUGGCAAAAGAAAUACUUGUGGACAAAUUUAAACAAUUAAUUGAAUUAGAAAAUGAAGAGGAUUUAUUUAAAUAUUGUACUCUAGUACCAGGUAAAUUAUCAAAUAUUUAUAAUUUAAAAGCAUAA